AUGAAUAUAUUUUACAAUGAAUUGAUGAUGAAUGUCGAUGAUUCACAUAAAAAUCUAUCACCAAAUAUCUCACAAAUCUCCACUAAAACACAUAAAUAUACAUCAUCAUCAUCAUCAUCAUCAUCAUCAUCAUCAUCAUCAUCAUCAUCAUCAUCAUCAUCAUCAUCAUCAUCAUCAUCAUCAUCAUCAUCAUCAUCAUCAUCAUCAUCAUCAUCAUCAUCAUCAUCAUCAUCAUCAUCAUCAUCAUCAUCAUCAUCAUCAUCAUCAUCAUCAUCAUCAUCAUCAUCAUCAUCAUCAUCAUCAUCAUCAUCAUCAUCAUCAUCAUCAUCAUCAUCAUCAUCAUCAUCAUCAUCAUCAUCAUCAUCAUCAUCAUCAUCAUCAUCAUCAUCAUCAUCAUCAUCAUCAUCAUCAUCAUCAUCAUCAUCAUCAUCAUCAUCAUCAUCAUCAUCAUCAUCAUCAUCAUCAUCAUCAUCAUCAUCAUCAUCAUCAUCAUCAUCAUCAUCAUCAUCAUCAUCAUCAUCAUCAUCAUCAUCAUCAUCAUCAUCAUCAUCAUCAUCAUCAUCAUCAUCAUCAUCAUCAUCAUCAUCAUCAUCAUCAUCAUCAUCAUCAUCAUCAUCAUCAUCAUCAUCAUCAUCAUCAUCAUCAUCAUCAUCAUCAUCAUCAUCAUCAUCAUCAUCAUCAUCAUCAUCAUCAUCAUCAUCAUCAUCAUCAUCAUCAUCAUCAUCAUCAUCAUCAUCAUCAUCAUCAUCAUCAUCAUCAUCAUCAUCAUCAUCAUCAUCAUCAUCAUCAUCAUCAUCAUCAUCAUCAUCAUCAUCAUCAUCAUCAUCAUCAUCAUCAUCAUCAUCAUCAUCAUCAUCAUCAUCAUCAUCAUCAUCAUCAUCAUCAUCAUCAUCAUCAUCAUCAUCAUCAUCAUCAUCAUCAUCAUCAUCAUCAUCAUCAUCAUCAUCAUCAUCAUCAUCAUCAUCAUCAUCAUCAUCAUCAUCAUCAUCAUCAUCAUCAUCAUCAUCAUCAUCAUCAUCAUCAUCAUCAUCAUCAUCAUCAUCAUCAUCAUCAUCAUCAUCAUCAUCAUCAUCAUCAUCAUCAUCAUCAUCAUCAUCAUCAUCAUCAUCAUCAUCAUCAUCAUCAUCAUCAUCAUCAUCAUCAUCAUCAUCAUCAUCAUCAUCAUCAUCAUCAUCAUCAUCAUCAUCAUCAUCAUCAUCAUCAUCAUCAUCAUCAUCAUCAUCAUCAUCAUCAUCAUCAUCAUCAUCAUCAUCAUCAUCAUCAUCAUCAUCAUCAUCAUCAUCAUCAUCAUCAUCAUCAUCAUCAUCAUCAUCAUCAUCAUCAUCAUCAUCAUCAUCAUCAUCAUCAUCAUCAUCAUCAUCAUCAUCAUCAUCAUCAUCAUCAUCAUCAUCAUCAUCAUCAUCAUCAUCAUCAUCAUCAUCAUCAUCAUCAUCAUCAUCAUCAUCAUCAUCAUCAUCAUCAUCAUCAUCAUCAUCAUCAUCAUCAUCAUCAUCAUCAUCAUCAUCAUCAUCAUCAUCAUCAUCAUCAUCAUCAUCAUCAUCAUCAUCAUCAUCAUCAUCAUCAUCAUCAUCAUCAUCAUCAUCAUCAUCAUCAUCAUCAUCAUCAUCAUCAUCAUCAUCAUCAUCAUCAUCAUCAUCAUCAUCAUCAUCAUCAUCAUCAUCAUCAUCAUCAUCAUCAUCAUCAUCAUCAUCAUCAUCAUCAUCAUCAUCAUCAUCAUCAUCAUCAUCAUCAUCAUCAUCAUCAUCAUCAUCAUCAUCAUCAUCAUCAUCAUCAUCAUCAUCAUCAUCAUCAUCAUCAUCAUCAUCAUCAUCAUCAUCAUCAUCAUCAUCAUCAUCAUCAUCAUCAUCAUCAUCAUCAUCAUCAUCAUCAUCAUCAUCAUCAUCAUCAUCAUCAUCAUCAUCAUCAUCAUCAUCAUCAUCAUCAUCAUCAUCAUCAUCAUCAUCAUCAUCAUCAUCAUCAUCAUCAUCAUCAUCAUCAUCAUCAUCAUCAUCAUCAUCAUCAUCAUCAUCAUCAUCAUCAUCAUCAUCAUCAUCAUCAUCAUCAUCAUCAUCAUCAUCAUCAUCAUCAUCAUCAUCAUCAUCAUCAUCAUCAUCAUCAUCAUCAUCAUCAUCAUCAUCAUCAUCAUCAUCAUCAUCAUCAUCAUCAUCAUCAUCAUCAUCAUCAUCAUCAUCAUCAUCAUCAUCAUCAUCAUCAUCAUCAUCAUCAUCAUCAUCAUCAUCAUCAUCAUCAUCAUCAUCAUCAUCAUCAUCAUCAUCAUCAUCAUCAUCAUCAUCAUCAUCAUCAUCAUCAUCAUCAUCAUCAUCAUCAUCAUCAUCAUCAUCAUCAUCAUCAUCAUCAUCAUCAUCAUCAUCAUCAUCAUCAUCAUCAUCAUCAUCAUCAUCAUCAUCAUCAUCAUCAUCAUCAUCAUCAUCAUCAUCAUCAUCAUCAUCAUCAUCAUCAUCAUCAUCAUCAUCAUCAUCAUCAUCAUCAUCAUCAUCAUCAUCAUCAUCAUCAUCAUCAUCAUCAUCAUCAUCAUCAUCAUCAUCAUCAUCAUCAUCAUCAUCAUCAUCAUCAUCAUCAUCAUCAUCAUCAUCAUCAUCAUCAUCAUCAUCAUCAUCAUCAUCAUCAUCAUCAUCAUCAUCAUCAUCAUCAUCAUCAUCAUCAUCAUCAUCAUCAUCAUCAUCAUCAUCAUCAUCAUCAUCAUCAUCAUCAUCAUCAUCAUCAUCAUCAUCAUCAUCAUCAUCAUCAUCAUCAUCAUCAUCAUCAUCAUCAUCAUCAUCAUCAUCAUCAUCAUCAUCAUCAUCAUCAUCAUCAUCAUCAUCAUCAUCAUCAUCAUCAUCAUCAUCAUCAUCAUCAUCAUCAUCAUCAUCAUCAUCAUCAUCAUCAUCAUCAUCAUCAUCAUCAUCAUCAUCAUCAUCAUCAUCAUCAUCAUCAUCAUCAUCAUCAUCAUCAUCAUCAUCAUCAUCAUCAUCAUCAUCAUCAUCAUCAUCAUCAUCAUCAUCAUCAUCAUCAUCAUCAUCAUCAUCAUCAUCAUCAUCAUCAUCAUCAUCAUCAUCAUCAUCAUCAUCAUCAUCAUCAUCAUCAUCAUCAUCAUCAUCAUCAUCAUCAUCAUCAUCAUCAUCAUCAUCAUCAUCAUCAUCAUCAUCAUCAUCAUCAUCAUCAUCAUCAUCAUCAUCAUCAUCAUCAUCAUCAUCAUCAUCAUCAUCAUCAUCAUCAUCAUCAUCAUCAUCAUCAUCAUCAUCAUCAUCAUCAUCAUCAUCAUCAUCAUCAUCAUCAUCAUCAUCAUCAUCAUCAUCAUCAUCAUCAUCAUCAUCAUCAUCAUCAUCAUCAUCAUCAUCAUCAUCAUCAUCAUCAUCAUCAUCAUCAUCAUCAUCAUCAUCAUCAUCAUCAUCAUCAUCAUCAUCAUCAUCAUCAUCAUCAUCAUCAUCAUCAUCAUCAUCAUCAUCAUCAUCAUCAUCAUCAUCAUCAUCAUCAUCAUCAUCAUCAUCAUCAUCAUCAUCAUCAUCAUCAUCAUCAUCAUCAUCAUCAUCAUCAUCAUCAUCAUCAUCAUCAUCAUCAUCAUCAUCAUCAUCAUCAUCAUCAUCAUCAUCAUCAUCAUCAUCAUCAUCAUCAUCAUCAUCAUCAUCAUCAUCAUCAUCAUCAUCAUCAUCAUCAUCAUCAUCAUCAUCAUCAUCAUCAUCAUCAUCAUCAUCAUCAUCAUCAUCAUCAUCAUCAUCAUCAUCAUCAUCAUCAUCAUCAUCAUCAUCAUCAUCAUCAUCAUCAUCAUCAUCAUCAUCAUCAUCAUCAUCAUCAUCAUCAUCAUCAUCAUCAUCAUCAUCAUCAUCAUCAUCAUCAUCAUCAUCAUCAUCAUCAUCAUCAUCAUCAUCAUCAUCAUCAUCAUCAUCAUCAUCAUCAUCAUCAUCAUCAUCAUCAUCAUCAUCAUCAUCAUCAUCAUCAUCAUCAUCAUCAUCAUCAUCAUCAUCAUCAUCAUCAUCAUCAUCAUCAUCAUCAUCAUCAUCAUCAUCAUCAUCAUCAUCAUCAUCAUCAUCAUCAUCAUCAUCAUCAUCAUCAUCAUCAUCAUCAUCAUCAUCAUCAUCAUCAUCAUCAUCAUCAUCAUCAUCAUCAUCAUCAUCAUCAUCAUCAUCAUCAUCAUCAUCAUCAUCAUCAUCAUCAUCAUCAUCAUCAUCAUCAUCAUCAUCAUCAUCAUCAUCAUCAUCAUCAUCAUCAUCAUCAUCAUCAUCAUCAUCAUCAUCAUCAUCAUCAUCAUCAUCAUCAUCAUCAUCAUCAUCAUCAUCAUCAUCAUCAUCAUCAUCAUCAUCAUCAUCAUCAUCAUCAUCAUCAUCAUCAUCAUCAUCAUCAUCAUCAUCAUCAUCAUCAUCAUCAUCAUCAUCAUCAUCAUCAUCAUCAUCAUCAUCAUCAUCAUCAUCAUCAUCAUCAUCAUCAUCAUCAUCAUCAUCAUCAUCAUCAUCAUCAUCAUCAUCAUCAUCAUCAUCAUCAUCAUCAUCAUCAUCAUCAUCAUCAUCAUCAUCAUCAUCAUCAUCAUCAUCAUCAUCAUCAUCAUCAUCAUCAUCAUCAUCAUCAUCAUCAUCAUCAUCAUCAUCAUCAUCAUCAUCAUCAUCAUCAUCAUCAUCAUCAUCAUCAUCAUCAUCAUCAUCAUCAUCAUCAUCAUCAUCAUCAUCAUCAUCAUCAUCAUCAUCAUCAUCAUCAUCAUCAUCAUCAUCAUCAUCAUCAUCAUCAUCAUCAUCAUCAUCAUCAUCAUCAUCAUCAUCAUCAUCAUCAUCAUCAUCAUCAUCAUCAUCAUCAUCAUCAUCAUCAUCAUCAUCAUCAUCAUCAUCAUCAUCAUCAUCAUCAUCAUCAUCAUCAUCAUCAUCAUCAUCAUCAUCAUCAUCAUCAUCAUCAUCAUCAUCAUCAUCAUCAUCAUCAUCAUCAUCAUCAUCAUCAUCAUCAUCAUCAUCAUCAUCAUCAUCAUCAUCAUCAUCAUCAUCAUCAUCAUCAUCAUCAUCAUCAUCAUCAUCAUCAUCAUCAUCAUCAUCAUCAUCAUCAUCAUCAUCAUCAUCAUCAUCAUCAUCAUCAUCAUCAUCAUCAUCAUCAUCAUCAUCAUCAUCAUCAUCAUCAUCAUCAUCAUCAUCAUCAUCAUCAUCAUCAUCAUCAUCAUCAUCAUCAUCAUCAUCAUCAUCAUCAUCAUCAUCAUCAUCAUCAUCAUCAUCAUCAUCAUCAUCAUCAUCAUCAUCAUCAUCAUCAUCAUCAUCAUCAUCAUCAUCAUCAUCAUCAUCAUCAUCAUCAUCAUCAUCAUCAUCAUCAUCAUCAUCAUCAUCAUCAUCAUCAUCAUCAUCAUCAUCAUCAUCAUCAUCAUCAUCAUCAUCAUCAUCAUCAUCAUCAUCAUCAUCAUCAUCAUCAUCAUCAUCAUCAUCAUCAUCAUCAUCAUCAUCAUCAUCAUCAUCAUCAUCAUCAUCAUCAUCAUCAUCAUCAUCAUCAUCAUCAUCAUCAUCAUCAUCAUCAUCAUCAUCAUCAUCAUCAUCAUCAUCAUCAUCAUCAUCAUCAUCAUCAUCAUCAUCAUCAUCAUCAUCAUCAUCAUCAUCAUCAUCAUCAUCAUCAUCAUCAUCAUCAUCAUCAUCAUCAUCAUCAUCAUCAUCAUCAUCAUCAUCAUCAUCAUCAUCAUCAUCAUCAUCAUCAUCAUCAUCAUCAUCAUCAUCAUCAUCAUCAUCAUCAUCAUCAUCAUCAUCAUCAUCAUCAUCAUCAUCAUCAUCAUCAUCAUCAUCAUCAUCAUCAUCAUCAUCAUCAUCAUCAUCAUCAUCAUCAUCAUCAUCAUCAUCAUCAUCAUCAUCAUCAUCAUCAUCAUCAUCAUCAUCAUCAUCAUCAUCAUCAUCAUCAUCAUCAUCAUCAUCAUCAUCAUCAUCAUCAUCAUCAUCAUCAUCAUCAUCAUCAUCAUCAUCAUCAUCAUCAUCAUCAUCAUCAUCAUCAUCAUCAUCAUCAUCAUCAUCAUCAUCAUCAUCAUCAUCAUCAUCAUCAUCAUCAUCAUCAUCAUCAUCAUCAUCAUCAUCAUCAUCAUCAUCAUCAUCAUCAUCAUCAUCAUCAUCAUCAUCAUCAUCAUCAUCAUCAUCAUCAUCAUCAUCAUCAUCAUCAUCAUCAUCAUCAUCAUCAUCAUCAUCAUCAUCAUCAUCAUCAUCAUCAUCAUCAUCAUCAUCAUCAUCAUCAUCAUCAUCAUCAUCAUCAUCAUCAUCAUCAUCAUCAUCAUCAUCAUCAUCAUCAUCAUCAUCAUCAUCAUCAUCAUCAUCAUCAUCAUCAUCAUCAUCAUCAUCAUCAUCAUCAUCAUCAUCAUCAUCAUCAUCAUCAUCAUCAUCAUCAUCAUCAUCAUCAUCAUCAUCAUCAUCAUCAUCAUCAUCAUCAUCAUCAUCAUCAUCAUCAUCAUCAUCAUCAUCAUCAUCAUCAUCAUCAUCAUCAUCAUCAUCAUCAUCAUCAUCAUCAUCAUCAUCAUCAUCAUCAUCAUCAUCAUCAUCAUCAUCAUCAUCAUCAUCAUCAUCAUCAUCAUCAUCAUCAUCAUCAUCAUCAUCAUCAUCAUCAUCAUCAUCAUCAUCAUCAUCAUCAUCAUCAUCAUCAUCAUCAUCAUCAUCAUCAUCAUCAUCAUCAUCAUCAUCAUCAUCAUCAUCAUCAUCAUCAUCAUCAUCAUCAUCAUCAUCAUCAUCAUCAUCAUCAUCAUCAUCAUCAUCAUCAUCAUCAUCAUCAUCAUCAUCAUCAUCAUCAUCAUCAUCAUCAUCAUCAUCAUCAUCAUCAUCAUCAUCAUCAUCAUCAUCAUCAUCAUCAUCAUCAUCAUCAUCAUCAUCAUCAUCAUCAUCAUCAUCAUCAUCAUCAUCAUCAUCAUCAUCAUCAUCAUCAUCAUCAUCAUCAUCAUCAUCAUCAUCAUCAUCAUCAUCAUCAUCAUCAUCAUCAUCAUCAUCAUCAUCAUCAUCAUCAUCAUCAUCAUCAUCAUCAUCAUCAUCAUCAUCAUCAUCAUCAUCAUCAUCAUCAUCAUCAUCAUCAUCAUCAUCAUCAUCAUCAUCAUCAUCAUCAUCAUCAUCAUCAUCAUCAUCAUCAUCAUCAUCAUCAUCAUCAUCAUCAUCAUCAUCAUCAUCAUCAUCAUCAUCAUCAUCAUCAUCAUCAUCAUCAUCAUCAUCAUCAUCAUCAUCAUCAUCAUCAUCAUCAUCAUCAUCAUCAUCAUCAUCAUCAUCAUCAUCAUCAUCAUCAUCAUCAUCAUCAUCAUCAUCAUCAUCAUCAUCAUCAUCAUCAUCAUCAUCAUCAUCAUCAUCAUCAUCAUCAUCAUCAUCAUCAUCAUCAUCAUCAUCAUCAUCAUCAUCAUCAUCAUCAUCAUCAUCAUCAUCAUCAUCAUCAUCAUCAUCAUCAUCAUCAUCAUCAUCAUCAUCAUCAUCAUCAUCAUCAUCAUCAUCAUCAUCAUCAUCAUCAUCAUCAUCAUCAUCAUCAUCAUCAUCAUCAUCAUCAUCAUCAUCAUCAUCAUCAUCAUCAUCAUCAUCAUCAUCAUCAUCAUCAUCAUCAUCAUCAUCAUCAUCAUCAUCAUCAUCAUCAUCAUCAUCAUCAUCAUCAUCAUCAUCAUCAUCAUCAUCAUCAUCAUCAUCAUCAUCAUCAUCAUCAUCAUCAUCAUCAUCAUCAUCAUCAUCAUCAUCAUCAUCAUCAUCAUCAUCAUCAUCAUCAUCAUCAUCAUCAUCAUCAUCAUCAUCAUCAUCAUCAUCAUCAUCAUCAUCAUCAUCAUCAUCAUCAUCAUCAUCAUCAUCAUCAUCAUCAUCAUCAUCAUCAUCAUCAUCAUCAUCAUCAUCAUCAUCAUCAUCAUCAUCAUCAUCAUCAUCAUCAUCAUCAUCAUCAUCAUCAUCAUCAUCAUCAUCAUCAUCAUCAUCAUCAUCAUCAUCAUCAUCAUCAUCAUCAUCAUCAUCAUCAUCAUCAUCAUCAUCAUCAUCAUCAUCAUCAUCAUCAUCAUCAUCAUCAUCAUCAUCAUCAUCAUCAUCAUCAUCAUCAUCAUCAUCAUCAUCAUCAUCAUCAUCAUCAUCAUCAUCAUCAUCAUCAUCAUCAUCAUCAUCAUCAUCAUCAUCAUCAUCAUCAUCAUCAUCAUCAUCAUCAUCAUCAUCAUCAUCAUCAUCAUCAUCAUCAUCAUCAUCAUCAUCAUCAUCAUCAUCAUCAUCAUCAUCAUCAUCAUCAUCAUCAUCAUCAUCAUCAUCAUCAUCAUCAUCAUCAUCAUCAUCAUCAUCAUCAUCAUCAUCAUCAUCAUCAUCAUCAUCAUCAUCAUCAUCAUCAUCAUCAUCAUCAUCAUCAUCAUCAUCAUCAUCAUCAUCAUCAUCAUCAUCAUCAUCAUCAUCAUCAUCAUCAUCAUCAUCAUCAUCAUCAUCAUCAUCAUCAUCAUCAUCAUCAUCAUCAUCAUCAUCAUCAUCAUCAUCAUCAUCAUCAUCAUCAUCAUCAUCAUCAUCAUCAUCAUCAUCAUCAUCAUCAUCAUCAUCAUCAUCAUCAUCAUCAUCAUCAUCAUCAUCAUCAUCAUCAUCAUCAUCAUCAUCAUCAUCAUCAUCAUCAUCAUCAUCAUCAUCAUCAUCAUCAUCAUCAUCAUCAUCAUCAUCAUCAUCAUCAUCAUCAUCAUCAUCAUCAUCAUCAUCAUCAUCAUCAUCAUCAUCAUCAUCAUCAUCAUCAUCAUCAUCAUCAUCAUCAUCAUCAUCAUCAUCAUCAUCAUCAUCAUCAUCAUCAUCAUCAUCAUCAUCAUCAUCAUCAUCAUCAUCAUCAUCAUCAUCAUCAUCAUCAUCAUCAUCAUCAUCAUCAUCAUCAUCAUCAUCAUCAUCAUCAUCAUCAUCAUCAUCAUCAUCAUCAUCAUCAUCAUCAUCAUCAUCAUCAUCAUCAUCAUCAUCAUCAUCAUCAUCAUCAUCAUCAUCAUCAUCAUCAUCAUCAUCAUCAUCAUCAUCAUCAUCAUCAUCAUCAUCAUCAUCAUCAUCAUCAUCAUCAUCAUCAUCAUCAUCAUCAUCAUCAUCAUCAUCAUCAUCAUCAUCAUCAUCAUCAUCAUCAUCAUCAUCAUCAUCAUCAUCAUCAUCAUCAUCAUCAUCAUCAUCAUCAUCAUCAUCAUCAUCAUCAUCAUCAUCAUCAUCAUCAUCAUCAUCAUCAUCAUCAUCAUCAUCAUCAUCAUCAUCAUCAUCAUCAUCAUCAUCAUCAUCAUCAUCAUCAUCAUCAUCAUCAUCAUCAUCAUCAUCAUCAUCAUCAUCAUCAUCAUCAUCAUCAUCAUCAUCAUCAUCAUCAUCAUCAUCAUCAUCAUCAUCAUCAUCAUCAUCAUCAUCAUCAUCAUCAUCAUCAUCAUCAUCAUCAUCAUCAUCAUCAUCAUCAUCAUCAUCAUCAUCAUCAUCAUCAUCAUCAUCAUCAUCAUCAUCAUCAUCAUCAUCAUCAUCAUCAUCAUCAUCAUCAUCAUCAUCAUCAUCAUCAUCAUCAUCAUCAUCAUCAUCAUCAUCAUCAUCAUCAUCAUCAUCAUCAUCAUCAUCAUCAUCAUCAUCAUCAUCAUCAUCAUCAUCAUCAUCAUCAUCAUCAUCAUCAUCAUCAUCAUCAUCAUCAUCAUCAUCAUCAUCAUCAUCAUCAUCAUCAUCAUCAUCAUCAUCAUCAUCAUCAUCAUCAUCAUCAUCAUCAUCAUCAUCAUCAUCAUCAUCAUCAUCAUCAUCAUCAUCAUCAUCAUCAUCAUCAUCAUCAUCAUCAUCAUCAUCAUCAUCAUCAUCAUCAUCAUCAUCAUCAUCAUCAUCAUCAUCAUCAUCAUCAUCAUCAUCAUCAUCAUCAUCAUCAUCAUCAUCAUCAUCAUCAUCAUCAUCAUCAUCAUCAUCAUCAUCAUCAUCAUCAUCAUCAUCAUCAUCAUCAUCAUCAUCAUCAUCAUCAUCAUCAUCAUCAUCAUCAUCAUCAUCAUCAUCAUCAUCAUCAUCAUCAUCAUCAUCAUCAUCAUCAUCAUCAUCAUCAUCAUCAUCAUCAUCAUCAUCAUCAUCAUCAUCAUCAUCAUCAUCAUCAUCAUCAUCAUCAUCAUCAUCAUCAUCAUCAUCAUCAUCAUCAUCAUCAUCAUCAUCAUCAUCAUCAUCAUCAUCAUCAUCAUCAUCAUCAUCAUCAUCAUCAUCAUCAUCAUCAUCAUCAUCAUCAUCAUCAUCAUCAUCAUCAUCAUCAUCAUCAUCAUCAUCAUCAUCAUCAUCAUCAUCAUCUCAUCAUCAUCAUCAUCAUCAUCAUCAUCAUCAUCAUCAUCAUCAUCAUCAUCAUCAUCAUCAUCAUCAUCAUCAUCAUCAUCAUCAUCAUCAUCAUCAUCAUCAUCAUCAUCAUCAUCAUCAUCAUCAUCAUCAUCAUCAUCAUCAUCAUCAUCAUCAUCAUCAUCAUCAUCAUCAUCAUCAUCAUCAUCAUCAUCAUCAUCAUCAUCAUCAUCAUCAUCAUCAUCAUCAUCAUCAUCAUCAUCAUCAUCAUCAUCAUCAUCAUCAUCAUCAUCAUCAUCAUCAUCAUCAUCAUCAUCAUCAUCAUCAUCAUCAUCAUCAUCAUCAUCAUCAUCAUCAUCAUCAUCAUCAUCAUCAUCAUCAUCAUCAUCAUCAUCAUCAUCAUCAUCAUCAUCAUCAUCAUCAUCAUCAUCAUCAUCAUCAUCAUCAUCAUCAUCAUCAUCAUCAUCAUCAUCAUCAUCAUCAUCAUCAUCAUCAUCAUCAUCAUCAUCAUCAUCAAAGGAACAUCGUAUUGUGUAUAGUAAAGUGUCUAGAAAACUAA